AUGGACAAAAGAGAUUCAACUACGUUUCGGAGUGCUUUGGGGAGUAUGAAGAGGGAAAGUUGGAUGGGUGCUUUGAUGAAAAGAAAGGCGUUAGUUCAUAAAUCCAAGAGCAAAUUUGGUGGCUACAUGGGGAUUUAUAGAACAAGGGUUGGUAUGCGAUUUGCAUACCAAGGCGUGUCAAGAAUUCAAGGUUCCAAGAAGAUGAGGAGCAAGGAGCUUGACAUAGAGGAUCUCUUUUCUACACAGGAGGUUUGGGUGGCCCAAGUGAAGAUUGCUGAAGUUUUGGCUCAUCAUGAUGUGGGAGGAGGAAGAGGAACCAAGGGCCGCAAGGAUGGAGAAGAAGUCGCAAUGAGGCAACAACACAGCAGGAGACCUGUUGGUUUUGGCCGAUGCUCAAAAUUGGCGUCUCUAUCUUCAAUUAGGGUUCUUGUGAGAACUAAGGGGGUUCAAGAUUUUAACCAAAGUUGUUCUUACAUACUAGUGAAUUUCUCGGUUGGAUUACCAAGAGGACAUAGGCACGAGGCCGAACAUUUAUAA